AUGAAAGGGAGGUGCCCCCAGAUCUGCACGGCAGACUAUAAUCCAGUCUGUGGAUCCGACGGGGUAACCUAUGCCAACAACUGUAAUUUUCAAGCGGAGAACUGCAAGCGCGGAAACAGGCUGUUCGUCCGACAUGAGGGGCCUUGCCGCAACGGGGAAAGUCCAAAUCCCCCCGGAAACGGUUACCCUUUGAUCUUUUUCGGUAAUUUGAAUCGGAAGACCUUCGAAGUACGGAUUGACCGAGGGAGAGGCAAAAGAGAUGCAUAA